GAACAACGCUAAUCGGACGAGCGCAUUUGAGCACAUAUUCAUUCUUUCGGCCCUCUUCCAAGCCCCCUCUUCCGGUCUUUCUCUUCCAAGUUCACAACCCGCCCAAAGUCACAAUGAAGGUCCUCCUUUCUCUCCUUGCGGCCAGCCUGGCCAGCGCCCACACCAUCUUCUCCUCCCUCGAGGUCGGUGGCGUGAACCAGGGCCAAGGCAACGGAGUCCGCAUCCCCAGCUACAACGGCCCCAUCGAGGACGUCACGUCCAACUCCCUCGCCUGCAACGGACCGCCCAACCCCACGUCCCCGACCUCCAAGGUCAUCACCGUCCAGGCCGGCCAGAACGUGACCGCCAUCUGGCGCUACAUGCUCAGCACGACCGGCUCCGGACCCGCGGACGUCAUGGACAGCAGCCACAAGGGCCCGACCAUCGCGUACCUGAAGAAGGUCAGCGACGCCACCACCGACACCGGCGUCGGCAACGGCUGGUUCAAGAUCCAGCAGGACGGCUUCAGCAACGGCGUCUGGGGCACCGAGAAGGUCAUCAACGGCCAGGGCCGCCACAGCAUCAAGAUCCCCGAGUGCAUCGCCCCCGGCCAGUACCUCCUCCGCGCCGAGAUGAUCGCCCUGCACGGCGCCGGCAGCUACCCUGGAGCGCAGUUCUACAUGGAGUGCGCCCAGAUCAACGUCGUCGGAGGAACCGGCACCAAGACCCCCUCGACCGUCAGCUUCCCCGGUGCCUACAAGUCAUCCGACCCUGGUGUCACCCUCAGCAUUUGGUGGCCUCCCGUUACCAACUACGUCAUCCCCGGCCCCGCCGUCUUCACCUGCUAAACGCACGAUGGCGUGUAAAGAAUCAAAAGGAGGAGGAAACGGAACACUCGCUGCGAGCACAUUCAGUCUUUAGUAUCUACUCUGC